AUGGGAAUCGAUUGCGGUUUCGACAUCUAUCCACCCCUUGAACCCACACCCUCAAACCAAGAGAAAUAUAAAAAGUUUCUGAUUGAGGUUCUGCGUACAUACGAAACAGACAACGACGUCUGCGUUGAGCCCGAGUGGGAAGGGGUGUAUAUUGAGUUUAUGGUUGGCGAGCACCCAACUAUACCAUAUAACUGCGAACACUUCUUACGGUUUAGCUCCAAAGUCAGCGGCAGGUCGACAGCAAGGCCAUACAUCGAUGGAGUGCACAACAUUGCAAAGAAAUGGUUGGGUGACCGCGUUCAAUUCUGGGACGAAAUGACCGAGACUUACGAUCAUCGUCAAUGGGGCCGUUAUGACUGGAAUGAAAUACGUGCAGCACGAAAGACGAUGGUAGAGCAGGCGGGGAAAAUUAAGGUCCAUAAAGAAGAGGUCGGUACAUCAAGUGCAGCAGGUGUAGCGUUACUAGGGAAGCAGGAGGGGAAGCCGAAGCAAGAUGAAGAACAAAAAGAAGAAAGCGAAACGAAGCAAGAGAAAGAUUGGGUGGGCGAUAGAUUGUUCGCUGUGAAACCCAUUCCUGGUAAAGGCCUAGGCGUCAUUGCCACAUCCAAAAUCCCCAAAGGCACACGCUUGCUCUCUGAAUCUCCAAUAUUCAAGGUGCCAAGGAACAUGUCCAAUGCUGACUUUAGGGCCGUGGAAGGCAUUAUUGUCGAAGGGCUGAAGACCGUUAGUAAGGAUCAGCAACGAGCCUUCUUCUCUCUGCACAAUUCCCAUGGAAAGAGCCGUGGCCCUUUUCUUGGAAUUGCCAAGACUAAUGUCUUGCCCCUUGGGUCUGACGCUCUACAAGGAGGCCUCUUUCUCGAAGCAUCUCGCAUCAAUCAUUCCUGCAGGCACAACGCACAGAGCACCUGGAAUGUCAAUUUAAAUCAGCUCACAAUUCAUGUCUUCGAGGACGUGGAAGAAGGAAAAGAAAUUACGAUAUCUUACCUCGACGGCUCAAAAGGCUAUAAGACGCGGCAGGUUGUCUUGAAGAACAAAUUCGGUUUCAAUUGUGAAUGUCAACUCUGUUCACUCCCUCUAGACCAGCGAAUACAGAGCGAUCAACGCCUAGACGAGAUCACUCGGCUUGAUGAUUCAAUUGGAGAUGGAAUGCGUAUCACUUCCACGCCUAUAGCAUGUCUCCACGAUGCAUACAGGCUAUUACAGCUGCUGGAAGAUGAACGUGUCGCCGACGCGAGGAUACCGAGGCUCUAUUAUGAUGCACUACAGAUCGCAAUCGCAAAUGGGGAUCAGGCGAGAGCAAAGACCUUUGCAGAGAGGGCGUAUGCUGCAAGAGUUGUUCUUGAGGGUGACGAUAGCCCGAAAUCGAUAAGGCUCAAAGGGUUUGCUGAGAGACCUGCUGAUCAUAAUCUGUACGGUACUACAACCAAGUGGAAACAAGCUGUGAAGAAGAUUCCGCGGGAACUAGGUGAACGGGAAUUUGAAGACUGGCUAUGGAGAAAGAAAUCCUAA